AUGGCUUCAUCUACGAGCAAUCCUCCGGCUUCAGAAGCAUCGCCUCUCCUCAUAAACGCCUCUGGCAGUGCGCCGCGACCUACACCUUCACCUAAACCGACUCGCAAUGUCACCUUCAACCCGCAGAUCUCCACCUCGAGCCCGCCGAAACGGCGACCUGUACUUCCCUCUUCGUCAUCCCAAGGCACCUCCGUCGCCACGACAGCGCGCGAUACGAGCAGCGCAGGGCCUUUGUCCGCGUUGAACAGCAAGCUUAGGAGACGAAACAGUUCCGGCGCGGCCUUACAAUUGCCUCCUCAGCUUCCCGCGUCGAAGAUUGGACCCAUGCGGACUUCACGUACCGCGCAAAAGCUGAAACUGCUCCCGAAUCCAGAUGUGGCGGAUGAUGGACUGGACGACGAGAGCGGACGGGAUGUCUACUCCCAGUUCACGCGGAUAAAAGACCCCACAGCUCGUCGGGAUGCAGCGAGACUGGGUAAAGAGGAUCGCCAGAGAUUACCUCGGGUGACGGCUCAUUGCACAGCGGGCGGAUAUCGAAUCGAGGAAGUGAUGAGGUUCCUAAAGGGAAGAAUGAAGACGAAAGGCACGAACCCGAAGCUUUUCGAUGAGUGUCUGUAUUCGCCCUACGCGUAUCGGAAAGAGGGAGGAGCUGCGCGGAAAAGAAGAGAGAGUGGAGAUCUGGACGAGGGGCCCGCAGAUCCAAAGCAGGUGCACAGCCAGCCACUGAGACGGUUCUCGGAUAGCGCUCUAGCAGUCGAUGAGAAUGCGGAGCGGAGAAGAGAAGACUUGAUCGAUCUGAAUCAAGCGGAGGCGACAAAUGAGAGCGCGAUCGAUGCAGGCGAGUCAAGUAGUCACCAUGCGGAAGCAAUAUCAAUGGACGACACUGCGCUUGAGACUCGACCACUAACACCAGAUCUUGACACGACUGUACACACCCCGGAAGUCUUCCUCUUCGAAUACGGCGUAGCAGUCCUGUGGGGCAUGACCGUUAAGGAGGAACAACGAUUCUUGAAGGAGAUAUCCAAGUUUGAGCAAGAAAAACUGGGCAAAGAUGAUGUGCAGACGGAGGAGUUCAAUUUCUACUACACAAGGGAGUAUCAGGCGAGAAUCUACAACGAUUUCAUCUCGUUGAGGGACAAGAAGAAUUACAUGACCAAGCUGGCCAUCAGUCAUGCUUUGGCACAGUCGACAAAGGUGAGUCAGAGCUUCCGCUGUUACUGAAGCGAUUUACUAACAUGCGUGUGCCACAGACGUCCCUGUUUGAAGAUCUCGUCGACGCUACCAUCAGCACCACACAAGGAAUCCCAUCUCAGAUCGCUACGACGGGACGCAUCAAUCUCACUCGAAAGGAGAUCAAUAUGCAAAUCGGCGAGCUCUUCAUUCUACGGAUCAACAUUCACCUGCAAGGAUCGGUACUGGAUGCUCCGGAAUUGAUGUGGGCAGAACCACAACUGGAACCAGUAUACCAGGCCGUGAGGAGUUAUCUGGAAAUGGACCAGAGAGUUGCGCUGUUGCAGGAGCGAGUGAGCGUCAUUGCGGAUUUGCUUGCUGUUCUGAAGGAUCAGCUGAGUCACACACAUGGUAAGCGAAGGCCUUAGAGGAGGAAGAAGUAAGAUGCCGAGUGCUAACAUGAGUUCCUAGGCGAGUAUCUGGAGUGGAUCGUCAUUGUGUUGAUUGCCGCGGAGAUUCUGGUCGCGGCCAUCAACAUCGUCGUUGACUUGUACGCGGGUGUGGAUUAGGACCGCGAGAGAAGGGUAAAUGUAAGCGAGUCUUCCAUCGAGCGAGGAAGGGCGUGGAUAUGCUAGCGUUUGGCAUUGGGAGAGACGGGAGUAAAUGCUCUCAAUUGCGCGCGAGUGUUGUGUGAGUAGCUGUGGAAUAUGUCUUCAGUGUGCAAACAACGGGAUGAAGAGACGUCUUCAGCAGCAAGAUGGUCUUCGUACCAAUGUAGGAGAUUUCCGUCCAUAUUGACGAUGCGAAAAACAGAUGUAGCUUUAUGUUGACCUCGACGGUACCUGUGUCGCGUUCUCUCGAGCUUUUGAAUGCUUUGACUGACAGAGUCGAGACUGAAUUGCCAGAGUCAGUGAGUGCUGUCACAUGUUAUUCCGGGUGAUCAGCCAAUGGAACAAAGCGGGACGUGGCCGAGAUUUUAGUGGGAUGCUGCUGCAUCGGAGCCUGCCGAAAUUGCCCUUGCCCUCAGAUCUUGACCUCACGUCUCCCUUCGAUGCCAUCACAAUCGUUCUCAGAUUGAAUCUUCCAUUUAACACGUUCAACGCGAAGUCAUACAAGUACCGCAUUUUGACGGAACAGACAUUGGCCUCUUUGAACGCCGCGACGCAGCUCUGAUCCGACCUUCACCGAUUCAGCAUCAGAACACAUCAACCACCGCCAUUUGCAUCUCAGAAUGAGGUAUCCUGUCCCGGUCAUCUCGAAGGCCUCGAAAAUGACCGCCAUGUACUAACUCCAUCCCUCCGUCCAGCCACGAGCCCCGCUUCCUCAAACUCCGCGUCAACCCCAAACCCCUCAGCUACGAGACUCCUCCCUUCCCGUCUCUCUACUGGCCCUUCCCCGUCGACGGACCACAAUGUACUUACCUCUACGAUGCCCGUCCCAUGUGGCGAUUCACCCUCUACUGGACUCUCAUCUUCGUCGGCGGCGUCCAUCUCUUCGCUGCGGCGUAUGCGUGUGUUGCGCAGUGGAGGAAUUGGAGAUGGAUCUGGUUGAGUCUGUUGGGGUUUGCGUUUAUCGGGACGUGUGAGGCGCUUAUUGCCGGGAACAUUGUGGGAGGGCUGUGAGUUGUUUUUUGUUUCGUUCUUUUUGAUGGCAUUGAUGAUGAUGAUGGGUUGAUGCUAAUGUGGCGUUGCGUAGGGUCGGAGCGAUUUACACGACAGGUUUCUUCCGCAUGUCGACUUGGAUUCCUCUCACCUGGGGCAUCAUUAAUGCUUUGGUCUUGAUUUUGUCUUCUUUUGCGAUCCAAGGCGGGCUUUGA